GCCCGAAACCGCAAUGCUCGUCCGAGCGAUCUUCCCGCGGGCCCGCGCCCUCUCGACGAGCGCUAGCAGUCUUCGCUUCCUCAUCGUCGAGGGCUACUCGCCCGAAGGCCGCGCCGAGCUGCAGCGGGGCGGUGCCACGAUCGCGUCCGAGCUGUACGCGAACGUGCUCAAGACCGUGUCGCCGAUGGCCGUGACCCACGACGUGCUGCACCCGGCAGACGGCCCGUUCCAGGCACCCGACUUGAGCAAGUACGAUGGCGUCGUCUGGACAGGCUGCAGCUUGACGGUCUACGAAACGGACGACGAGCGCACGGUGCGGCAAAUCGACCUCGCCAAGCAGAUCUACGCCUAUGGCGUGCCGCAGUUUGGGAGUUGCUGGGCCGCGCAGAUUGCAGUCUUUGCAGCGGGCGGCAAGGUCGCCAAGAAUCCAAACGGCCGAGAAAUGGGCCUUUCCCGCAAGAUCCAAUUGACGCCCGAGGGCCGGAGCCACCCCAUGUACGAGGGCAAGUCGACGGUCUUUGACGCGUUCACGAGCCACUACGACGAGAUCACGCACGUGCUCCCGGGCGGCUUGACCUUGAGCGCGAACGCGUUCACGUCGACGCAGUCGGUCGCCGUGCGCUUCUUGAACGGUGACUUUUGGGCUGUCCAGUACCAUCCCGAGUACGACCUGCGCGAGAUGGCGCGGCUCAUCUACUGCCGCCGCGAGAAGCUCACCAAGUACGGCAACUUUGCAAGCGUCGACGAUGCGUGCCGCUUUGUGGACGACCUCGAGACGCUGCACGCCAACCCGGCGCGCUACGACAUUGCGUGGCGUCUUGGUAUUGACGAAGACGUGCUGGACGAGAACAUCCGCCUCUGCGAAGCGCGCAACUUUGUCAAGCACCUCGUCGUGCCCUACAAGCUCGCGAGACAGUGGCAGUAAGCCCC